UCCAUUUCAACAAAAAUAGGAAUCUUCCUUCGAUUGUUCUUGAAUGUCAAGAGAAGAAGCAGUCUUGCGUUACCAGUCUACCUACCAUACCUCCUCAGUCAACCAAUCACUACAAAAUAUCCAAAAAAUAACACACUUUGAAUAUUCGCCAGUAUUUCUAUCAAUUUCUAAGUGUUAUUUUUUUUGUAGCAGAUCAUUGACAGGCACAUUUGAAGAGUCUCCCACCUUCAAUCUUCAAUCUUCAAUCUUCAAUUUCUUGUUUUGUUGCAGUUUUUGCCAUUUGGGGAUUCAAACCCCCCAAAAUUUCCCCAAUUCCUUCUGAAAAAACCCAGAAAUUAGAUCUCUUUCUCCAUUUCAAAGUAACCCCAAGUCAAAACUAGUACUCAAUUCAAUUGGGUAUAGAAAAGAACCUAAUAAUUUGGGGUAAUUUUAACUUUUAAGGGUUUAUGAAUCAUGGGUUCUAUAUUUAGCAAAAAAAGGUCAAAAAUUCCAACAACCCCAUCAACCAGCAACAGCAACAGCAGUGGUGGAUCCAAUUCAGUAACAAGCAAUGAUUUAAACUUCUACUUAGCAGCUUGUAAACAAGACCCAGAUGUCAAAAUCUUCGAUUCUAAGCUUCAACAACAUGCAACUGCUGUAAUCAACACUAUGUCAACUUCAACAAUUGACGAUUCUGGGUUGCAGCAUCAACAACAGGGUCAACAGGUCUGUUCUCUCUCCUUUGACUCAAUCACACAAGUCACUGGUAGUCUCAUGGACAUGAAUUAUGAAGUUGUGAAAGUUAUUCUUGACUGUAAAAAAGAUGUUUGGAAGAACAAAGAAUUGCUUUCCUUAGUUGAGGAUUACUUUGAGUAUAGUGUGAAAACAUUGGAUUUCUUCACUGCUCUUGAUCAAUGCCUGAAGCGGGCCCGGGACCGCCAUUUUAUUAUUCAGGUUGCUUUGAGAAGGUUUGAGGAAGAGAUUAGGGAUAAUAAUAACAAUAAUCAGGGUUUUUGCAGUGAAGUCUGUGAUAAGUUUUCAAAUACAUUGCAGGAAUUGAGGAGUUUUAAGGAAGCUGGUGAUCCAUUUGGACAAGAGUUUUUUACUUUAUUGCAAUCCGUUUAUACACAACAGGUUCAAAUGUUGAGAAGAUUACAGCUUAGAAAAAGGAAACUAGAUAAAAAAUUGAAGUCUGUUAAGGUUUACAGGAAGGUUUCUAAUAUUAUAUUUGGUGCUGCAUUUGUAGCUGUUGUGAUUUGUUCUGUUGUUGCUGCUGCUAUUGCUGCACCUCCUAUAGCGUCCGCCUUAGCCGCAGCUGUUUCAGCCCCGAUUGGCGGGGUUGGAAAGUGGUUUAACUCGCUUUGGAAGAAGUAUGAGAGAGAAUUGAAGGGUGAAAGGGAUUUGGUGUUUGAGUUGCAACUUGGGACUUAUAUAGCUGUUAAAGAUUUGGAUAAUAUUCGAGUUUUGGUUGAGAAGUUGGAGAUUGUGAUUGAUUCGUUGUUGUCUAAUGCGGAUUUUGCAAUAAGGGAGGUAGAUACUUUGCCAAUGGUGAUUGAUGAAAUUAGGAAGAAGUUGAGUGUGUUUAUGGAAGGGAUUGAUUGUAUCACAGCACAUUCUGGUAAAUAUAGCAGGGAAAUCAGACAGGCUAGGAGUGUGAUCUUGCAUUGGAUUACGAAAUAUCCUAGUGCACCUAUUUGACUUCUCCCCUUGAAUAAGCUUGAUAUGAAGGGCGUAUUUAGGCUCCGUUUGGUUUGGUGUAAAACGUUUUCGAUGUAAAAUGAUUUUCUAUGGAAAACUUUCACAAUUCCGAACGGCUUUUCCUUUGUUUGGUUCCUUCAAAGAAAAUGGGAGAAGAUGGCGAAGAUUGAGAGAAAGAAGGAAGAGGGAGGUGAGGAGGAAAGGUGGAAAACUGAUUUCCCUACCUUUCAAAUGGAAACGGUUUUUCCAUCUUUGAGGGAGUUGUGGAAAAUUGUUCUUUUAUCCCUUGUCAAACCAAACAAAGUAAAAUGAUCGAAAAGGGAAAAAUCGUCUUCUAUGAAAACGUUUUACACCUUACCAAACGUAGCCUUAGUACUGGCUGGCAAUAGUUAUUGUAAAGAGAUUAAGCUGCAGCUGAAAGACAUGAUGCUCGAGAACAUAUAAAGAUCAUUCAAAUACUCGUAUAUUACCCAUAUACGCAGGGUGAGGUCUCUUCAAUUGACUGGUAGCAACAGGUUAGUGAAACAUUCAAGCAGAAACCAAGUUAACUCGUUUCUUGGUAUGUUUGUUGCUGUGAUACUAGUUCAGAACAUGGUUUUGGUCGUGUAUUUGUAGAUUUUGUUGAAGUAAAGUUAUGCUUGACUACAAUGCUAUGACCAAUAUCUUCGACUUGAAUUGAGUGGUUGAAGUAUACAUUUAUGUAUAGAUUCGAUAUAUUUUUCUUGUAUCACUGAAUGAACCUUGACCCUGAAAGCUUCAUUUCAAAUGUGAUUAUUGAACACAGUGAAAUUUUGUGAAUGCUUGUGUAAAUAUGUAAUGGAUUCUUCCCGUUAUUCCUCGUUAAUCGUUAUGUUAUCACAGAACAAAAUGGGGAAUGUUAUGUACAGGAAAUGUGAUUUUUUUUUUAUUGAUACACACAUGUUAUUUCAUGCAUUUGGCUGAUGGGCUUUUUGAAAUGGAGAUUUGCCUAUUGAAUGUUA